AUUUUUUGUGAAGCUGAGAAAUACCGGAGAGACCAUUCCUGCAGGUCCUCUGCCGGAAAGUAUACUCAUGAGCUCGUUAGUGACGUUUGUCCGCCGCAAUGCAAACUCCUUUUAGGUUGCCGCCCACUAACCCUGGUGGUUGCUCGAGCGAGCAUUCUCUGCACUAAUGGGGGUUUGCUGAACCUGGGACUCUUCUCAGUGAUUUGUUAUCGAUGCUCUAUUCCGAUUGAAGUAAGUAUGCAUUUGAUAGGGCACGGCAGGUGGACGCAAGGCAGGGGAUAAUGCAUUGUGGCUUGGAGCUACAAAACCUCAUUUUCCUGUCCCACUUUGAUAAGCACUGAUGGAACCACAGCCGCGGCUUUCUGGUCACUCAGUUACCGCUAUCAAACGUGGCCAGAAGAGAAAAUCCAUCUCUGCUCGGCAACCAACUUCGUCCAGAGUUUCUAUUCCUGCAGAGGACGCGCCGAACAAGGGGUACAUAGGAGUUCGAUGGCGGCAGUACCCUUACGGCAUCAGAUUCAUUCCUCGUGUGCGAGUGCCCAAGACUCGGUACGAUCUCCCUCUCGGCGAGUACCGCUCAUGUGAAGAAGCAGCGCUAGUUCGUGAUGUGGCAGCAUAUUAUUACGGCAAAAAAGGAGCUUUCAAUUUCAAGAAUGAUUAUUCUAGCUUCCUCCCGGAGAUUUCUCCACAGCUCUCUCGCCAAGAGAAGAUCGACUGGGUGUCCGCUUGCGCGAAGGAGCGCGGCAGGACCUUGUUUCCCAAGCCUCUCAACACUCUACCUCUCAACACUGUACCUCCAAACACAUCUCUCAACACCUCUUCAUCCUCCUCUCACCCCUUAAAGUUACCCUUGCCUCCACCCCAAUCCUUGCCACUAUCUUUGCCAUUUGGUAGUCAUCCUCUUGUCACUGCAAAAACAAUACCAGGGGUCACGAUCGCAACAAGCAGCCAUGUACAGAAGCCUUGGACGAGUACUUCCGUAGCUCCAUUACCAAUAGAAAGCUUCGCGUUUUGUUGUCUGCAAGGACGGAAGCAUGAAAGUUAAGUGAUUCUUAGUGCCUCAAUACCUUGCUUUGAGUGGAACUUCCAAGGAGCUUCAACGAUAAACCCGCUGUCAUCUUUCGCAACUAUCUACACCUGUGGAAUUCAUUAGAUACAGGACUAAGAGCUGUAGAGAGGUUACAAAUUCUCUAGCUCUGUUUGUAGGCGUAGGUGCAACACAAUGGAACUGAAGAACUGAGAGUACCCUUUUAUAUAUAUUUAUAUAUGGAACUUUCUUCCUGAA